AUGGAUGAUUUUGAAGUUUUUGAAAAUAAUGAAUACUAUUCCAGUAUUGAGGAUUCGAGUUUUCAAGAUUUUUUUGAAUAUUUGAAAAAUAAUCCAAAACAGAACUUCAUUAAAUAUACUGAAAAUAUUUGUAUUGCAAAGUUUGGUAAGGGAAAAAAUGAGCAUAUAUUAGAUAUCCCACGUCUUAAGUGGAUGAUACUACUUAAUAUUAUCCCUGUUGAUUUUUUUUCACUUUCUAUUCAUGACUGCUACAAUAAAAUUUAUGAGUUGUUGAAUACUGAAAGAAAUAAUUAUUUCCGUUCUUUUAACAAAAAUAAAUUAGAUAUCAGUAAACUAACUUCAAUGGACCCUUUAAAGUUUCAUCCUUUAUCUCAAAUUGAUAAUAACCCAUGGAAUGAACAACACAAGAAUGGUGAAUUAUUGGACGAAAUUUGGAAAGAUGUUACCAGAACAUAUUCCGAACGACAACUUUUUUCUAAUUUAAAUACAAGGCAACUGCUACAAAGAAUAUUGUUUACUUGGACACGUGAGAAUCCUCAAUUUGGAUAUAAACAGGGAAUGAAUGAAAUUGCUGCAAUUCUUUUCCUGAUAAAUUAUAGUCAGAAAAUUAUUGAUAUUAAUUGUGCCAAUUCAAAUGAUAUUGAACCCAAAAAAAAUGAAUACAAAGGAAAUAAUAACUUGAGUCUAGAACGCAUUUUUAGUCGAGAUUCAAUAGAAGCAGAUACUUAUAUUAUGUUUAAUUCUAUUAUGAAUUUUUUUGGUCUAAAAUACAUGUUUCAAUCCACCUUCAAUGAAUGCAAUACAAACGACAGUAAUUCAUUAAAUGAUGAUUCAAAUAAACCUCCAAUAGUACAUAAAUGUAUAAAUAUCUAUGGUAUUUUAGAGAAGGUUGAUUAUGAUUUGUUUAAUCAUCUUUAUAAAGAGCAUGAGAUUGAACCCCAACUUAUCUUUUUAAGAUGGAUUAGACUUUUAUUUUCCAGAGAGUUUUCUGAUUUAAAUAAUUCAAUUAUAAUUUGGGAAUAUAUCUUUUGUGAUGCGCUCCAAAAUAGAACAUUAACAGGCCAUGAAGAUUUAAUAGAUAAAUCUAUGGAGAAGGGGAAAAAUUGGAGCAAAGAAGUUUGCGAUGCAGUUGAAUCGUCAUUGCCAAUAGUAAAUUAUAUUGCUGUUUCAAUACUACUUGCACGAAAAAAGUUAAUAAUAAAUUCGGAUUUUAACCACACAUUGAAAUCGAUACUUAGUCAAUCAAACUUAUCUAUCAGUCCACUUGAGAUAUUAUCAAAUGCAAAAUCAUUAUGCUAUGGUGUUGUUGAAGAUGAGUGCUCGAAGUCACCAAAAUUAACAAGCAACUUAGUUUCUAAAGAUACAGCUCACAAAAAAGUACUUUUAUCAAAUCAAAGAAACAAUUUCUUUGAGCACAGAGACAUCCAUUAUUCUCAAAUAAGGUAUAACCCAAAUUGUGAGUCAGAAUUAAAUCUAAAUGCGCCUAAACUUAAUGAAAGCUUAUUAGAAAUAACUAAGAAUCUUCACAUAAGUGCAAAGAAUAUUAACGACAUUGAGCAACUUAAAUGCAAUAUAGUUAGUUCAUGUAAGGAAUUACUUAGAAUUUGUAGAAUCCUACAAGAAAAAAAUAUUUAA